CCGCCCCGAACAAAUACUCAGCGGAAGAAGAAGACAUUUAUGUAGAAGUUUACCUGUAGCUACUGUCACUUGGUUUCUAUCUAUUAAGAGAGAUGGGGCUUAAUCCAGGGAGGCACAGGUUUUUAAUAGUCUUCAUAAUAUUUUUAUCAGAAGGACAUUUUCGAUGGGUUGAGGCCCAGCAGUGUGUGUGGUACGGCGAGUGCGGAGAGUCAGUAAAGGUACAUGGUAAAAAGUACAACUGCAACUACACCGGGCCGCCUCUUCCACUGCAGCCGGAGGGUCAUGAGCUCCUCACGGAGCUUUGUCCUGGGUUAGACUAUGGAGACCGAAGUCUGUGCUGUAAUGUUGACCAGCUGAACACACUCAAAGGGAGUCUCCAGCUGCCUCUUCAGUUCCUGUCUCGGUGUCCCUCCUGUUUCUUUAAUCUGAUGAACCUCUUCUGCGAGCUGACAUGCAGCCCCCACCAGAGUCAGUUCAUGAACGCUACYGAGAUCAGCGACGGCAGCGUGGUCAAAGUGACGUACUACAUUGGAAAAACAUUCGCUAACGCUAUGUACAACGCCUGUCAGGAUGUCCAGCUACCUUCUAGCAACAUAAAAGCCUUAUCGAUGCUGUGUGGCAGGGAUGCAAAAGACUGCAAUGCGACUAAUUGGAUCGAAUACAUGUUCAGUACUGACAAUGGACAGGCUCCCUUUGAUAUCAAGCCUAUAUUCUCAGAUGUGCCGGUAGCUAAAUAUAAUCCCAUGAACAACAAGACGUAUGCCUGCACGGAGGGCUUGGAGGACGGUUCAGGUCCCUGCUCCUGUCAGGACUGUGCAAAGGCCUGUGGCCCCAAACCUGUUCCUCCUUCUCCCUCUCCUCCCUGGACCAUCCUUGGUAUAGAUGCCAUGUAUUUUAUCAUGUGGUUAUCAUAUGUGGCCUUCCUGCUGAUCUUCCUUGGAGCUGUGCUGGGAGCUUGGUGCUACAGGAAAAGGGUUAUCACGUCAGAGUAUGGCCCCAUUUUCGACAGCAAUAACCCCCUGUCCCUCAACAGUGAUGAUCCUAAUCAAGGAAGCCCAACAUGCUUUGAAACGCUGGGCGAACGUUUCGAGAAUGUCCUGCGAACGUUCUUCAGCUGCUGGGGUUCCUUCUGCGUCCAGCACCCGGUGGCGGUCAUACUGGCCAGCACGGCGCUGGUGAUCGCUGCUUCGUCAGGCCUGGUCUACAUGCGCAUCACCACGGACCCAGUGGAGCUGUGGUCGUCCCCCUCCAGCCAGGCUCGACAAGAGAAGGACUAUUUCGACCAGCACUUUGGCCCCUUCUUCAGAACGACACAGCUGAUCAUCACCACUCCAAUCAACGACACUUUCAUCUACUCUCCGUAUUUUGGAGGAUCAGAUGUUCCCUUCAAAGCCAUCCUGUUCAAAGACAUCCUGCACCAGGUGCUGGAUCUGCAGCUGGAAAUWGAAAACCUCGAAGCUACGUAUCAAGGCCAGAAGGUCACUUUGAAGGACAUCUGCCUGGCUCCCCUGGCCCCGUACAACAACAACUGCACCAUCUUAAGUAUCCUCAACUACUUUCAGAACAGUCACGCCGUCCUGGACCACAGUGAGGGAGAUGAGUUUUUCAUCUAUGCUGACUACCACAGCCACUUCCUCUAUUGCGUCAGCGCGCCAGCGUCGCCCAAUGACACCACUGUCCUCCACGAUCCCUGUUUAGGAACCUUCGGUGGCCCCGUCUUCCCCUGGUUGGCCCUUGGCGGUUAUGAUGACACAAACUACAACAACGCUACUUCUCUUGUUAUCACCUUUCCGCUCAACAACUACCUGAAUGAUCCCGAGAAAAUGAACAAAGCUCUCGCUUGGGAAAAAGAAUUCAUCAGUUUCAUGAAGAACUAUUCAAACCCCAACCUGACCAUCGCCUUCAGCUCAGAGAGAAGCAUUGAAGAUGAACUGGACAGGGAGAGCAACAGCGACAUUAAAACCAUCGUCAUCAGCUACGCCAUCAUGUUCAUCUACAUCUCUCUGUCCCUCGGUCACAUCCACAGUUUCAGACGGCUGCUGGUAGACUCUAAGAUAUCUCUGGCCAUAGCAGGAAUCCUGAUUGUGCUAACAUCUGUAUGCUCCUCGCUGGGGAUUUUCAGCUAUGUUGGUAUUCCCCUCACACUCAUCGUGAUUGAAGUCAUCCCCUUCCUUGUGCUGGCCGUCGGAGUCGACAACAUCUUUAUUAUAGUACAGACGUAUCAGAGGGACGAGCGAAUGGCACACGAAGAACUUCACCAGCAGAUCGGUCGUAUUCUAGGAGACAUAGCCCCCAGCAUGUUUCUCUCCUCCUCCUCGGAGACCGUGGCRUUCUUUCUGGGUGCCUUGUCCAACAUGCCUGCAGUGAGGACUUUCUCUCUGUUCGCCGGCCUGGCUGUUUUUAUUGAUUUCCUGUUGCAGAUCAGCUGCUUUGUCAGCUUGCUCGGCUUGGAUGCCAAAAGACAGGAGGAAAACCGACUUGACGUCUGCUGGUGUGCGAAACUGAGCGAAGGUCAGGAAGCCAAAACUGAAGGCUUCCUCUUCCGCUUUUUCAAGAAGUUCUACGCUCCAUUCAUCCUGAAAGAUGGCAUUCGGCCAAUUAUUGUGGCAGUGUUUGUGGGUAUGCUGUCCUUCAGUAUAGCUGUGAUGAACAAAGUGGACAUUGGACUGGACCAGAAAUUAUCCAUGCCUGAUGACUCGUAUGUUCUGGACUACUUUAAAAACUUAAGCGAGUAUCUCCACACCGGAGCUCCUGUGUACUUCGUGGUGGAGGACGGACUGAACUACAGCAGCCCRGAGGGCCAAAACGUUAUUUGUGGAGGAGUGGGCUGCAACAACGACUCCUUGGUCCAGCAGGUCUAUUCUGCUUCGCUUAUCAGCAACUAUACAACCAUUGCCAGCACACCGUCCUCCUGGUUGGAUGACUACUUUGACUGGGUGAAACCUCAAUCAACCUGUUGUCGCUUCUACAAUGAAACGGGGGCCUUCUGCAAUGCCUCAGUGGUGAACUCUUCCUGUGUGUCGUGUCGACCCAUGACUCCAAGUGGGAAGCAGAGACCUGUUGGAGAAGACUUCAUGCGAUUUCUACCCAUGUUCUUGUCCGAUAAUCCUAAUUUCAAAUGUGGAAAAGGAGGCCAUGCAACUUAUGCCACAGCAGUGGACGUGUAUCCCAAUGACACGGGUGUGGGAGCCACAUACUUCAUGACGUACCACACCAUCCUAAAGGAGUCCCCGGAUUAUAUAGAUGCUUUAAAAAUGGCUCGAGCCCUGGCUAGCAAUAUCAGCCAGUCCAUUGAUCACAAAGUUUUUGCUUACAGCGUCUUCUAUGUGUUUUAUGAGCAGUACCUCACCAUCGCCUACGACACAGCUCUGAACCUGUGCAUCUCACUCGGCGCCAUAUUCGUGGUGACCACCGUGCUGCUGGGCUUCGAGUUGUGGUCGGCGGUGAUGGUCAGCAUCACGAUCGCCAUGAUCCUGGUCAACAUGUUCGGCGUCAUGUGGCUGUGGAGCAUCAGCCUUAACGCAGUGUCUCUUGUGAACCUGGUCAUGAGCUGUGGGAUCUCUGUGGAGUUCUGCAGCCAUAUUGUGAGAGCGUUUUCCAUCAGCACGAAGAAGACCAGAGUGGAGCGCGCUGAGGAGGCCCUGGCUCACAUGGGCAGCUCUGUGUUCAGUGGGAUCACAUUAACAAAGUUUGGAGGGAUCCUAAUCCUGGCGCUUUCCAAGUCACAGAUCUUCCAGGUCUUUUACUUCAGGAUGUAUUUGGCCAUCGUCCUGCUCGGAGCGACACAUGGCCUCAUCUUCCUCCCAGUUCUUCUAAGCUAUAUAGGUCCGUCGGUGAACAAAGCCAAGGUGUUUGCCGCUCACCAGCGUCAUGCGGGCACGGAAAAGGAGCGCCUCCUCAAAUACUAACAAGCUGACUAAUGAAGUAUUUGUGAAGGGCUGCGCGAGUGUGUGCAUCAGCUGUUUCUGUGCUCAAUAACACGCUUGUCAUCAUUGCCACGACUAUGCUUGGAUCGAACUCAGGAAUGUAGCAGGAAACGAGUGCCACAGGGGUUUUGUCCAAAUGCAUCUUUUGGUUUCCCUCCAAAGACUCCAACCAGUCCUCCUCUUCCUCACACUACAGGACAAACAAGACUUCAGCAUCUGAAGCAGGGACAAGAAACCACAGAAUAGACUCUGACAGGUGACUGAUAAACCUCGAUAUGUAGUGACGGUGAGAGCUGUUUGGAAAAUUAAAAAAAGGGUUAAAGUGGCUGAUUUUUAGGUAAUUGUAAAGACCAGAAAAAUAGUGUUUUUGUAUUUUUGGGGACAAAAAGAUGAACUUUUAUAUACAAUAACUUGAUGAUAUAAGUCAUUUAUUGAGUGGGAACAGUCACAGGAAGGAGCUGAGGGCUAAAAAUCAAAGGGAAUCACGAAUCCUUAGAAAACCUGGAAUUACCAUGAACACUUCCCCAGGCUUUGUUAGCGUACCGUAUCAUAGCAGAUCAGCUAAAAGUGCAUUUCUUCCUCAGCUUUUAACUGUCAGGACAACAACGUUUUUAUUCAUAAAUCAUAAUUAUAGUUUUUAUUAUUAAUAAUAAAUCAGGAACUGAUCUUGCAUUAAUGAAUCGAUUUAUUUCAAACUCCCUCACAAUCUGUCCCAAAGAUGCUGCUUCCUGCACAGCUUAUUUAUUUCCUCAUUGUUUACAUGAUCCAAGUUUCAUUUUCACCACAUUCUGUGUCCCUUCGAAGCAUUUUCAGGACCGGAUCGAUAAGUCGCUUUGAAUGCCAAGUGUGGAGGAUGUCCUGGUGCUGAGAAUGGGUUUUAUAUUGAGAUGUUUUAUAGUUACUGAACAAAGAGGUUGUAGCAUCAAAAUGCGGACAGAAAACCUUUUAAUAAACUGUUUAAAAAAUGUUAACAUAGGACUAAUUAAGUUUAAAUCCUCUGUUUUUGUAUGGAGAUAAAAAUGUGUAAUUUAUUGCAUCAUAAUGCAGUUCUGAGAUUUUCAUUGCUUCACAUUUAAAUGAUUGUUUUAUCUGUUAAUACUGUUACUAUGUUUUGUCUUUAAACCACUUCUAGUUUAUCGGUUAAAAAAAAAGUCGCACAAAAAUAUUUGUCUGAAUCAACACAUUAGUUUUCAUCCUUUUCUUAACUUUUGUAAAUUUAAUGUUUUCAUGUCUGCGAUUGUAAUGGAUGAAUAUGAAGAUGGUGUUUUCUGUACACAUUCCACUUUAACCGCAUUCCUUGUUUUUUGUUUUGUUUUUUGAUGCAUUCAUGCUUAGGAAUGUGAGAAAGUGCUGUGUGAAAAUAAUAAUAAUAAUAAGAAGAAGAAGAA